CCUGGAAAAGAGUGUACGGGGAUCCUCAAUGUACAGGCCGCAGAAGUGCUACCGUUGGAAAAUUAACUAUAAUAAAAUACGACGCAUUGAAGGGGAUCCGAAACUCGUCAACGCUUGGAAGGCAGUCGCGGUGUAGGUAAAACGUGUUGGAUUUGUGCGACACUUUCCACCCAGAUGCCAGAUUCACAGAUUUGCGUAAUAUUUGUGACAUUUUUACCUGAAAUAAACAUUCAACAAAUGUGAAGCAUUGUGGAAAAUCUUGGAUAAUGGAUCAAGGCGGGAUCCUGGAGCUUCACAAGGAGCUGAAAAUGCCCCAUAAAAUGAUAAUGCCAGAUUUCGUUACAGGGAUGGGAGGCAUGGCCCACAUUGAUGGAGAGCACAUCGUGGUGUCGGUGCCGGAGGCCGUGCUGGUCUCAGAUGUGGUGACUGAUGAAGGUAUCAUGUUGGAGACUACUCUGGAGGCUGAGGUGGUGGAAGGGCCUGACAUCUGCCAAGAAGACGUCAUCACUACCGAGGGAGUGAUCAUGUCCGAGUCUAUCCUGGAGGCAGAGGUGGCCAUCGAGGAGGCUCUGGGCGACACCGCUGAUCUGAUCGAAGAGACGGUGUCUGAUCAGGUGUUUGUGGCUGACCUCAUGUCACCUCACGUGGAGAACACACUGGACCAUGACCUGGUUUCUGCAGAGGUCAUGGUGACGGACACGGAGAUGGUCAUCCAAUCACAUGACGCCAUGCCAUCUGAUGUCACUAUUAAGGAUGAUGACGAAGAGGAUGUGAAGAGCACCUCAGAGGACUACCUAAUGAUUUCCUUGGAUGAGGUUGGUGAAAAGCUAGACAUUGGAGACGCGCCCUUAAAGAUCAGCGCCGAUGUGAGUCAGGAUGACGAUGGGUCCAAGGAGGAUGAGUUCAGCUCGGAGGUCAUUAAAGUUUACAUCUUUAAAGCAGAUGGAGAUGAAGAUGUGGAAAUAGGCAGCACAGAGGUGGUAGCAGAGAGUGAUUUUUCCAAUGGGCACACAGUGCUGGAACCAGCAGGCACAGGCAGACUGCCCAGAGAGAAGAUGCUCUACAUGGCUCUGAAGGAUGCUAGCCAGGGAGAGGAGGACAUCAACUGUACAGAAAUAACAGAUCAGGUGUAUAUGGAGGUGAUUGUUGGGGAGGAAGAGGCUCCUGCCAUCCAGGAAGCUCAACUGGAGGACACACCAGUGAACAAGACCUUCGUCCCUGCAGCCUGGGCAGCUGCUUAUGGUAGUAGUCUAGAGAGUAAGAACGGUGCUGCCACUCCAUACCUGCAGAUCACUGACAGCAUCAGCACCAGCCGAGCUCUCAAGCAGAAGAUCAAGAAGAGGAGGAGGGGAGAGUCACGCCAGUGCCAGACAGCCGUAAUAAUCGGUCCUGAUGGGCAGCCCCUGACCGUCUACCCCUGCCAUAUCUGCGGCAAGAAGUUCAAGUCACGGAGUUUCCUGAAACGGCACAUGAAGAACCACCCGGACCACAUGUUGAAGAAGAAGUACCAGUGCACCGACUGCGACUUCAUCACCAACAAGAAGGUGAGUUUCCACAACCACCUGGAAAGCCACAAGCUCAUCAUUAAGAACGAGAAGAUCCCCGAGUACACGGAGUACACGCGGCGCUACCACGAGGCCAGCCCGCUGAGCUCCAACAAACUCAUCCUGCGUGACAAGGAGCCCAAGCUGCACAAGUGUAAGUAUUGCGAGUACGAGACCGCCGAACAGGGCCUCUUGAAUCGCCACCUGCUGGCUGUGCACAGCAAGAACUUUGCGCACGUCUGUGUGGAGUGUGCAAAGGGCUUCCGCCACCCCUCGGAGCUCAAAAAACACAUGAGGACCCACACGGGCGAGAAGCCCUACCACUGUCAGCACUGCGACUUCCGCUGUGCCGAUCAGUCCAACUUAAAAACUCAUAUAAAGAGCAAACAUGGGACCGACCUACCCUUUGAAUGCGAACACUGCCCGCAGGCGUUUGCUGAUGACAAGGAACUCCAAAGGCACACAGAGAUCUUUCAGGGUCACAAGACCCAUCAGUGUCCGCACUGUGAACACAAGAGCACCAAUUCCAAUGAUUUGAAACGUCAUGUUAUUUCGGUGCACACAAAAGACUUUCCGCACAAGUGCAACGUGUGCGAGAAGGGCUUCCACAGGCCCUCCGAACUGAAGAAACAUGCCGAAACGCACAAGGGAAAUAAAGUACACCAGUGCCGGCAUUGCGAUUUUAAAAUAUCGGACCCCUUCACGCUUAGUCGCCACAUUCUGUCUGUUCACACUAAGGACCUGCCAUUUAAAUGCAAGCGUUGCAAGCGUGGCUUCAGGCAACAGAAUGAACUCAAAAAGCACAUGAAGACACACAGCGGUCGCAAGGUCUAUCAAUGCCAAUAUUGCGAGUACAACACUACGGACGCUUCAGGAUUCAAACGGCAUGUCAUAUCCAUCCACACUAAAAACUAUCCGCACAGGUGUGACUAUUGCAAAAAGGGUUUCAGGCGACCUUCGGAAAAGAACCAACAUAUCUUGCGACAUCACAAAGAAACCCUAAUGUAAUGCUCUUUUAUCCCCAAAACAAGAGCCAACGUUAUACUCUACAACUACACUUUGUCAUUUAGAUGGCUAAACUGUCUUGUUAUUUAAUGUUCUGGUUAUAUUUUAAAGGAAUGUAACUAAGACAGGUAUGAGUGGCUUACAGUAUGGUCUUGGUCAAAACCAUCACAACGUUCACAGUCUUUGCUUAUUCACUCAUUCAGGGUCUCAAAUGUCUAUAUUUUUAUACCCACUUUGCUUAAAAGCUGCAAGCAAAUCGUGUCCUCUACUAUUAAAGGAAUAGUUCACCUAAAAAUGAAAAUUCUGUCAUUUACUCACACUUGUUCCAAAUUUGAAUUGAUGUUUUAUCCCUGGAACACGGAGUACUGUCACCAUUCACUUUCAUUGCAUCUUUUUUCCAUACAGUGGAAGUGAAUGGUGACUGAGGCUAAUAUUCUGCCUAACAGUUACUUUUGUGGUCCUUGGAAGAAAACAAGCAGCUUUGGAUCAAUGAGUAAAUGAUGACAGAAUUUAGGUAACUAUCCCUUUAAGGCUGGUGAGAGAAUCAACAUUACUUGGAAAAGAUGCUCAAUCAAAAGCUUCCCUGAAGUCAGUUUGGUGUAGACUCCUCAUUAAAUGUAUUUUACCAACUAGUAUGUCCAAGUUUUACCGCACCUUUUACAUUAUACCGCCAGUCAUGAUGUUAAUUUAGGCAACUUCUCUUUUUGUGGUAUGCAUGCAAGAUUGUGUGAUUCAAACCAGUGCAUUUUACCGCAUUUUCAUAGCGUUUGCUCUGCAGUCCUGGUAUUUUGAGUGCUCAUUCUAGCUCGUCAGAUGAAACUAGUAUUUUUGAUACGAAUCAAACGUUUUGUCGUUAACUUUGUGAAUACCACUACAAGAUUAAAUGUUUAUGUAAAAUCAGUCAUUAACACCUGGCAAACAUGCACAAACUGCCAAUAUAUUUCGGAUCUCUCGAGUCAUGCCUUACAUGCAGUGUAUUUUCUUGCACUGAACUCAGUAAAUAUGAAUCAAUUGUGAAUAUUUUUAACAAGUUUCAAUUAUGCUAUGAUAGAUGUAUACAUUAACAAAUGCAAAUCACAGUCAGAGCACCUUUUUUGCUUUUAUGACAUCACUUCUGCGUUAUUUAUUUAUUAGCAGGUGGGCAGACUUAGGCACGGCAAUCCUUAACCAGAAUCCAUCCCCCUUCCUACCAGUAUUUGUGAAUAAAAGACCUCAGCGAUUUAAGAGGCAUGCCUUGAUAUCUAGCUUUAUUAAUUGGCAUAGCUAUUGACCUCUAAUACUACUGUAGUUAACAACAGUAUCCAGAAACUAAACUGCAACAUACUCUACAUGGAUUUGAUUGAUGUUUAGAGCUGCGAGGGCCUGUACUACCCGUUAUUGUUUUUAUUGUCUGACAUCCUAAUGUAAAACAUUUGUGAAAAGCUCUGUCACAGAAUAAGAAAGGGUUGUAAGUGUUUCAAGACAUGCUUUAAAAAGUUCAGUUUCUGGUAGCGACGAAAUACUAUUUUUCUGUCUUCUUAACAAAAGCAAAUAGAGAAAUUUCAGCAUAAAUGGAUGAAAUAAGUCUUGCUUUUGCUGUGUAUGCAUCUUUAUUCACAAUUAAAUUGAGGCAAUGCCAUUAGACAAGGUAGACGCCAUGUUUGACACAAAUAAAAAUGACACUGCAAGGGGUAAGUGUAGGGUAUAUAAAAUGUCUUUCCAAAAAAAAUCCAAUAGACAGAAAACUGUGGAAAACAUGGGUUUUGAAAAUUAGAUGUGACAUAAGACUUUAAAGGGAUAGUUCACCCAAAAAUGCUAAUUCUGUCAUCAACCCUUAUGUUGUUUCAUCCCUUUAUUAAAUGUUCUCAGUGGAGCCGCAAAGACGAUGUUAGGUAGAAUGUUACCAUUCAUGGUGGCUGAGGCUGUAAGUCCCUGACAUUCUGCCUAACAUUUCUUUUUGUGUUCAAAGGAAAAGAUAGAAACUCAGACAGGUUUGGAACAAUAUGGUGAGUUUAUGUAAAAGAUUCAAAACUUAAAUUUGCGUCAAAUUAAAUAUGGUGUGCACCCUGAUUAAGGUCCUUAAAACAAAACAAGUUCAAUUGAUCAAGUACUUUCAAAGUUGUCAUACUGGCAAACAUUUUCGAUCCCUGGGUACCUGAUUCAUUGAUGCGUUUACAUGACGUUUGUGGCAUUUAGAAUUAACUCAAGCAUUGUUCGAAACACAUGCGGCCUAGAUGGAGCUCUGUUAGUAACAGUUUUAAUUGGGCAACACAUUUUUCAUGUGAAUGAAAUUCAUGCAUUUCAAGUAGUUUCUUUUUGGUGUUGGUGACAAACGGACUACUGGUGAGGAGGAAUCCAAAUAAAUGUCUUUCAAAAACCACUUUUUGCUGACAUAAAUUGUUUCACAGUCAGGUAUUCCUUGACGUUUAGCAAAUAGCACUUUUCAAAUGUAAGAUAAUUAACACAAUUUAAAUAAAUAAUCAAAUGAAGA